UCCAACUUAUUAGUGCCAUCAGCAUAAUUACCUAAUUACGUGACUUCACUCCUCUGCAUGAAAUUAUGUCAUACCGAUUUUCACCUUCACAGUGAACACUUCCAAAAUCCCAUUCUCAGGAUGAAGCUAUACGCCUUACUCGUUUCCUUGCUAUUCGUAGCAUUAGUGUCCGAGAAUAAAGCACAACUGCCAACGUCAACAAUUAUUGACUAUGCUGUGCGACAAUAUGCAAUCCUUUCUGAACGUAUUUUGGGCGAAGAAGAUUUUAUUAGCACGGGCAAUCCACUUCAGCCAACUUGGAAUUUUAAAGGGUUUAACGACUGGACAGUCGGCUUUUACGGGGGGUCACUGUGGAUGCUGUAUAAAUUGACGCAGGACACAUAUUGGCGACGACUUGCUCUCGAGUACCAAGAAAGGAUAAAAGAUCGACAAUAUGACACUUCAAACCAUGACGUCGGAUUUAUUAUCAUGUCCACUUUUGGGCUAGGUCUGGAAUUAACAAAUGAUCAAAGUUUUGUUCCCGUUAUUCUACAAGCGGCUGCCUCACUCUCAUCCAGAUAUGUUCCUGCCACCGGAUGCAUUCGUUCAUGGAAUAGUGGUGAACCUGGAGAAGUGACUGUGAUUGCUGACAACAUGAUGAACUUAGAACUCCUUCUUGCUGCAUCUGAACUUGCCAAUUUUAACCCCGAUUACACCCACAUGGUUGUUUCCCAUUCCUACAAGACCAGAGAACAUCACUAUCAUCCAGAUGGUUCCGUUAAUCAUGUCGUGGCCUUUAACGACAGCACAGGUGCAGUCGUAAGAAAGUACAAUGUUCAAGGCUAUAGUGACAGCUCUGCCUGGUCACGAGGUCUGGCUUGGACAAUUCAUGGCUUCACUUCCGUGUAUGAACACCUCAACGAUAAUCAAUUCUACUUGGAAUCUGCGGAAACGGCGGCGAAUUUCUUCAUAAACAACUUGCCAGCCGACUAUGUUCCGUAUUAUGACUUUAAAGCACCCAUUGAAACGGAAUAUUCCCCCCGAGAUACGGCUGCGGCCUCCAUUGCGGCACAUGCUUUCCUGAAACUAUUCAAAAUCACAGCUAAUCCCGUGUACUUUGAGACAGCAGAAAAAAUCAUGGAAAACUUGAUAUCUGACAAGUAUCGGGCAGAUGGGAAUCCACUUUAUAGGCUGCCAGCCAUCCUAGUUAAUGGAACAGUUUUCUUUCACCAGAAUGAUUUGGAUACUGCAAUCGUCUAUGCGGACUUUUACUUUUUGAAUGCGCUGGAUGUGUACAUUGAAAUUGUUGGGACGAAGGGCAAUCAACUUUAAUUUUAAUCUCCUAAACACAUUUUUUCCCAUAAUUGAUGCGAAUAAUAAAUUGUUUAUUCCUGAAUUGAUUUGA